UUCCCGCCCGGAAUGCUGCGCCCAGGUGCGAUCGCAGGGCAGUUUUUCUGUGGACACAACCUAGCAGAAAGAUGCCGUCUUUAUGCCUCACUGGCUGCUGACCCACUGGCCUGAUGACAUCAGCCACGUGUGCCUUCCCGGUCCAGUUCCGGCAGCCUUCGGUCAGUGGCCUCUCCAAGAUCACCGGCAGCCCGUAUAUCAGCAAUGGGAUAGCUGCCAACAACAAGCUUAUGCUCUCCAGUAACCACAUCACCACUGUUAUUAACGUCUCGGUGGAGGUGGUGAACACCUUAUAUGAGGACAUCCAGUAUUUGCAGGUGCCUGUGGCUGACACGCCCAUCUCGCGUCUCUGUGACUUCUUUGACCCCAUCGCCGACCACAUCCACAGUGUGGAGAUGAAGCAGGGCCGCACACUGCUGCACUGUGCUGCUGGGGUGAGCCGCUCGGCCGCCCUAUGCCUCGCCUACCGCAUGAAGUACCAUGCCAUGUCCCUGCUAGAUGCCCAUACAUGGACCAAGUCAUGCCGGCCCAUCAUCCGGCCCAACAGUGGCUUUUGGGAGCAGCUCAUCUACUAUGAGUUCCAGCUGUUUGGCAAGAACACCGUGCACAUGGUCAACUCCCCCUAUGGGAGUAUCCCUGACAUCUAUGAGAAGGAGGUCCGUUUGAUGAUUCCACUGUGAACCCUCCUGCCACCUCCUGCACUGGAGUCAGAGGGACAGAUCUGCCCUUGACCCCACACCUAGAUCUUAACUUGAGCAUUCUGCUUUUGUUGAUGCAGAAAAAACAGAUUAUGCCUUUCAUAAGGGGAAGAAAGAAGGACGAGCUCUACAGGGUUUAACCUUGUAAUCCAUAUUUUUGAAGAUUAAACUUUCUAAGUGUAAGAUGGUGAAGACAGCAGCCUCCUGUGUUAUGAAUGACAGGUUAUGACUGCUGGCUAGAGAGGAGGGUGAGGCAGGUGGUUCCCCGGGUCAAGUGGCCCAGCACCCCUGCCGCCCUCCCCUCGGCCGGCUAACCUAGGAACAAGUCUGCCUCAAUCUCUACUUAUUCUUUCCGAACCCAGAGCUGGAGCCUUAAGUGUCAUGGCAUCUCCUGUGGUCCUCACAGUUAGUGCCAGCCUACUGGAUAAGUAGCCUUCAAGCGGUGCUCCAGGAGCAGGGGUGGGGGGGGGGCAGGCCAGCCCUGCUUCUAUGUUCAACCACAGGGUCCCAACUCUGGUUUUCUACAAUGAAUUUAGGCAUAAAAUAGUUUUCAAAGAAAACAUUCCACUGUAUAAAAUUUUUUUAAAACUCCUUUUUCGAGUGUUGUUCUACAUGGUAAGGCCUCAAAGCACCACUGCCAUUUCCCUAGCAGUCUGAUGAAGGGUGGCUUCC